AUGUCUUUUAUUCCUCGAUCAAUUUUAAAAUCGAUCCCAGCCAGAGAACAAGCUGAGGGUGUUGGAGCCCGAGUGCGCAGAUCAAUUGGUACUGCAGCCAUGAGAAAUUUUACCCCAUUUCUUAUGCUUGAUCAUUUUAAGGUCUCUCCAGAUGCUGGGUUCCCAGACCAUCCUCACCGAGGCCAGGAAACUAUCACCUACAUGAUCAAGGGCCACGUGGACCAUGAAGAUUUCACUGGUUCUUCUGGAACCCUUGGUCCAGGAGACCUUCAGUUUAUGACAGCUGGAAAAGGUAUUGUACAUGCAGAAAUGCCACGAAUUGAUAAAGACCAAGAUGGUAAUAUUCAAAUGGUUGAGGGACUUCAGCUUUGGGUCGAUUUGCCCAAAGAACUCAAGGCAUGCUCUCCACGCUACCGUGACUUACGAGCUGCCGAGAUUCCUGUGGUUAAGCCCAGCGACAAGGCCACAAUCAAGGUGAUUUCUGGCGAGUCUUACGGCGUUGAUUCGGUCAAGGAUCUUGCAUAUACCCCGGUUUGGUAUUUGGACAAUUACGUGUCACCUGGUGGAAAGGUUGAGCAACCUUUGCCCAAGGGAUUCAAUGCGUUUAUGUAUGUUUUGGAGGGCGAGGUGAUGGUCAAUAAUGAGAAGAUUCCACAAUUUACCAAUGUGUUUUUUAAUGAUGAUGGCGAUGGUGUCGAAGUGCGUGUUCCUGAGACUUUUGAUAAACCCGCACAGUUUGCUAUAAUUGCAGGGCAGAAACUGGAUCAACCGAUUGUCCAGCAUGGCCCCUUUGUAGAGACUUCGCGCGACAAGAUUAUGACUGCGUUCAUGGACUACCAGAAUGGAUCCAAUGGCUUUGAACGUGCAGUUGGCUGGGAAAGCGAAAUUGGCAAGCGCAUGCUGCGAUGA